CUAGACCUUCUCUACCUGUUAAGUGAUCAGAGAAAGUGGACCCAGCUUACACUAAAGCCCAUCUAAGAAGCCCAGAUGCUGUAUUCACAUGAAUCAUUUGCUUCACUGGAAAAUGAAAGUGGAGCAUAUUUUCUGCCAGCAAUGGUUACCAUCCAAAGAUUCACUCUCCGCUUAAUUCCCACAGCCGCUCCACUUGCCCGACCUAUUUUCGGGCUUCGAAGGCCCGCAUUAGGGCCCCAAACAGUGGUCCCUUCAAGGAGCCACAGCUCUGGUUUAGCUCCACGUGCGGGUUGGUUCCUGGGCAUGGGCGACAAAAAGAUUGCGUUACCGGACACAGUGAAAGCCGGCGACCCGGUUCUCCACGAGCCGGCUCAGGAGGUCCGGCCCGAAGAAAUCGGGUCUGAGCGGAUACAGAAGAUUAUAGAUGAUAUGGUGAAGGUCAUGAGGAAGGCACCUGGGGUUGGCCUUGCUGCCCCUCAAAUUGGGAUUCCUUUGAGGAUAAUCGUUCUAGAAGAUACGAAAGAGUACAUAAGCUAUGCCCCAAAGCAAGAGAUUAAGGCACAAGACCGGCAGCCUUUCAAUCUUUUGGUUGUGAUUAACCCCAAGCUGGUAAAGAAGGGUGACCGAACAGCUUUCUUUUUCGAAGGGUGUUUGAGUGUGGAUGGCUUUAGGGCAGUAGUCGAACGGCACUUAGAGGUUGAGGUUACUGGUCUCGACAGAGAUGGACAAGCAAUCAAAGUGAAUGCUAAGGGUUGGCAAGCUCGGAUUUUUCAGCACGAAUGUGAUCAUUUAGAUGGAACGCUUUAUGUGGACAAGAUGGUUAAAAGAACUUUCAGAACCGUGGAUAAUUUGGAUUUACCGCUUGCUAUUGGUUGCCCCAAAUUGGGCGUCCGUUAGCACUUUUUUUAAACUUCUUACUUUUCCUUCGAAAGUUGAGCCUGAUUUGUGUUGGAAAGUAUGUGUGCAAUAUUGAUCAUAUCAAUACUGAAAAAAGUUGGUAUGGUUGAAGUUACUAUAGUUCUUUUUGUUCGUGUAUUCGAGUUGAAACUCGCUUCCAGCUGCAGCAUUUCACUUGGGAAUAAAAUGUCUAUAUUUCGUCA